UUAUAGGAUACUCUACCGGCUGAUGAGUACCUGAAAACCCCCAAGUCGUGAAAAAAACAAUUUUCAACGGAAACGAUGGAGAAGAUAGAAAACGGGCAACCGGCGGCAAUCAGAGAAGAAGAGCAGAUCGUAUGCAAGAGGUGUAAAAACACGUUUACACGAUCUUCAAACAACUCUUCUGCUUGCCGAUUUCAUCCUUCUUUCUUCGUAUGUCGCCGUCACGACGAUCAGAAAAGGUAUUAUGAACUUGGACCUGAUGAUCCACCCUAUGCUGCCAAAUUUUACGAUUGUUGUGGAGCAGAGGAACCUGAAGCGUCUGGCUGCACCACCAGUUUUCAUGUCUCUUAUGAUGAUGAUGCCUAAAAUAUGUAUAUAAACUUUUUGAAAGGAAACAAGUAAAACCAAAUAUCCCUUGUUCAUGUUAAUGUGGCUAUAACACCGCUUAAUGCUUAACUGUUUCGGUUUGUUUAGUGGUUGGAGCUUACUUUCCUUCUGCCUAUCUUGAUAAGUUUUCAUAUGAGCCUGUUUAUGAUUAUGUGAAACAAAGUUGAUGAUCG